AUGGAAGGCCGCGAGCGCCUGCAGAUCGACACGGAGGUGCCGUCCAACGUGUACGCGCUGGACCUGCACAAGCUCAGCGAGCUGGCGCACAUCCCCGAGGCGGAGCUGGUGCGCGGCAUGCAGUCCGAGGACGCCGUGGACAUGCAGGGCGUCGUGGUGAACCGCGGCCAGGAGGUCCCUUUCGAGGCCGUGGGCAAGACGCCCGGGGAGGAGGACGACGCCAGCGCCGGCAGCCCCGACGCGAGCCCGUCGCCCGUCGGCGCGGCCGCACAUGACGCCGGCGUCAAGCAGGUGCUGCUCACGGCGGCGUCCAGCACCAUGUGCCUCGACGGCUCGGACACGCCCAAGUGCCUCAUCAUGCUGGGCGAGUACACGCUGAUCGAGCACAUCCUGGCGCAGCUGUUCGUGGCCGGCAUGGAGCGCGUGGUCAUCAUCAUCUCGUACUUCGGCCACGAGAUCAUGGAGCACGUCAAGGAGAGCUUCCUCUACUCCAAGCUGCAGAUCGAGUUCCUGAACCUGGGCGAGGAGACGCCCUACGGCCACGCGCGGACGCUGCUCUCCGCUCGAGAGAUGUUCACGAAACCUUUUCUGAUCCACACGGCGGACCAUAUCUUCGACAGGGCCAUCAUCAGCCGCAUGGCGCACUUCGAGCUGGAAGGAUGCGUCGCCUGUGUGCUGGUGGACGCGGACAUGGAGAAGCUCAAGGGCCUCCCGUCCACUGCGGGCAAGGUGCUGCUGGAUUCGACGAACGGCACGAUCCGCAAAAUCGGACGCGGCUUGAAGCAGUUUGAUGCCAUUGAUGCGGGCUUGUUCCUUACGACUGGGAGGUUGUUCGCCGCGCUGGAGAUGCUGGCCUAUGAGAAGCCCAAGUUCUCGCUCGCGGAGGCGCUGAACGUGUUGCGCCCGAGCUACGGACUGAAGUACUUGGAGACGGACGGCGACGCGUGGCUGAGUGUGGAGACGCAGGCGCAGCUGGAUGCGAUUGUGGCGAAUGACAGUGUGGCUUCGUUGUCACCGUGGCCGGUGUUUGUCGCGAAGGAGCCAACGGAGCAGGUGCCAGCACGGCCGGUGACUCCUGGCGGCAAGAACGUGUUUUUGGCUGUUUCGGCUGCUGACGAUGACUCGAUGCUGCGCGCGGUUGACGCGCAUGUGCGCCAGUCGGCAGACGUGUUCGAGGGCUUUGUUGUGGGUGUGAACCAGCUACAGGAAAUUGACGAAGGCACCACCUCGGCCCCUGCUGGAGCUUCAGUACAGGCACGCGAAACCACACCGCUGCUUGGGUCUACGGGAAGAUCCCCCUCGCGUCGCGACCGCGAGGCGUCAGGCGCACCCCUGGCUAUUCGGCGCAAGCGGAGUUCGUUUUUGGAGCAGACUGAGGAUUCUUUUGUGCUGUCCAUACCCUUUGAGCAACCGCCUAACGUCAGCGUUGAUAUCAGCACCUCGCGCGAUGAACACGGGGUGCCUUCAAUUAUGGAGAGGAACGCAUACCUGAUCGAGCUUCCUCACGUUACGACAACUGGGGGUGGUCCUGGUGCAGUCCAGGAGACGUCGCAGCAGUUUGUAUUGGCUGUUCCUGACAGUGAAACGCUGUACAAGCGCCCCGGUCUACUGCGCCGUUUGUCGUCGCUACCCACAGAUGUGAAGGACAUCGCUGUGGAAACGGUAGAACUUCGCAAUGGUACGAUGGAAGUGCAGCUACUUGUCAAGCGCCAAGUGCCUUUCAUUGGUUACGUGCUCUUGCUGGCCGCGCUAUUCACGAUCUCGUCUAUGGGCGCGGCGUUGGACCUACAGCGUAAUGUGGACCCGUUCAUGAAGCUCUUCUGGCGCACGACGGCGUCCCUUAUCGUGUUCAUCCCGAUGGCUGGUGCUGCGAUGUACGACCAGGGCCUACCGCAGUUCUCGACGCGGAAUAUGAUCGUGUUCCUGACGUGCUCGCUGUCCUACGCGGUCUUCCUCAUGACGUUCCUGUGGUCACUGUCGCACACGUCCAUCGACCAUGCCUACAUAUUUAACAACUGCCACUCGCUGCUCAUGGUGGUGGGUCGUCUACUUCUCGGACGAUACGUUUCGCAGUUCGAAGGUUUGGGUACUGCCAUCGGUGUUAUCGGCGGUGCUCUAACGACAUUGGAUCACCAGCAGUCAUCAUCGUCGGGUGAAGUGGUGCAGGUAUCGCUGGCUGGAGAUCUCGUGGCGCUUGUCGGCGCGGUGGGAGGUGCGCUGUAUCUCAUCACUGCCAAGAAGUUGCGGACUGAAAUGGAUAUCAGCAUUCUGUUCGUGGCCAUGUUCACGCUGCUGGCGCUGCUGAUCUUCCCUAUGUUCUCGCUGUUGGAGAUCCCCUUCGAGGCGUCUCGGGACCCUGAGAUUGGGCUAUUCGGCUGGCUGGAUCCAUCGCACGCUGCAUCGGAGGCGUACAUCGUCCUCGUGUGUACGCUUGUGGGCACGCUGGGCUACAUCGCCGUCAUGAAAUACUUUGCCCCGAUCGUCGUGUCCGUCGUAAUGCUCGUGGAGCCCGUGCUGGCCGCGUUUAUGGGUGUCGCGGUGGGCGUCGACGUCUUUCCUGGCCUGCUCACGAUUGUCGGCUCGCUGCUGAUUAUCGGCGGCACUGCACUUGUGAUUGUGUCCAAUUCCUCCAAGACACAGACGAUUGACGCUACCCAAGCGAUGUCGUCCACCUCCACGGCUCUGCCCAAGGGCCUCAGCUCGGCCACCGCUGCCGGCCUCAGACUGCCGCAAACCACCCCUUCGACGAACCUAAGAUACGUCUAA